AUGGAGUCCGCGGUCGCCUCAGCGCGCGCCGCGCCGUCGCCCUGGAGCUACGCGGGCUGCGGCUCCCUGUGCCGCCACAGCGGCAGCGGCAACAACUGGGCGCAGGGCCACAACCACUUCGGCCCCAGGGUCGGCGCAGACGCCCUCGACCUCGUGCGGCGCGAACUGGAGGCGUGCGACUGGCUGGAGGGCUUCUUGCUGCUGCAGUCUGUGGCGGGGGGCACGGGGGCGGGGCUGGGCACAUACCUGGCAGAGGCGCUGGCGGACGACUUCAGGCAGGGGCCGCUGGUCAACGUGUGCGUGUGGCCGUACGAGUCUGGCGAGGUGGCGGUGCAGCCCUACAACGCCCUCCUCACCCUCAGCCACCUGUCGUCUGUCUCCGACGGCCUGCUGCUGCUGCAGAACGAGGUGCUCCACGCCACAUGCACCAAGCUGCUCGGCGUGCAGCGCCCCGGCUUCACGGAUUUGAACGGCGUUGCCGCCAAGGCGCUGGCCGCGGCGCUGCUGCCCGCCUGGCCGCGCCCCGCCGCCGGCGCCCCAGCGCAGUCGCCCCCGCGCGCCGCGCCUGGGCCGGGCGCCGGCGCGGGGCGGCAGCAACCGCAGCCGGCGGCCGGGGGCUCGUUGGGCCGCGUGGCGCUGCACCCGCUUGGAGACCUGGCUGCUCACCUCACAGCACACCCCAGCUUCCGCCUGGCUUCUGUGCGCCAUGUGCCCCAGCUGGCCCCUGGCACGCUGGACUUCACCACGUUCACCUGGAACUCGCUGCUGAGGCGGCUCAGGCAGAUGGCCGUCACGGGCAGCUUCCUGGAGGAGGGCAUGCAGUGGGCACCAAACCCCGCAGCCGCCCCCGGGGCCUCCCCCUCCAAGGCCACCCCCCUGCCGGCGCACCGCUACCGCAACAAGGCGGCCAGCAGCAUGCUCCUCCUGCGCGGCCAGCAGGCGGCAGAGGUGGACGCGGCAGAGUUUGCGGACCCGAGGUGGCACGCAAGCUGGGCGGCAGAUCCACUGGUGGUGGCCGCGAGCGCGUCCAGGCUCGGGGGUUGCCAGAUGGCUGCGACGCUCCUUGCAACUGACCAGGCUUGCGUCGCGCCUCUCAGGCGCAUGCAGGAGCGCGCCUACCGCAUGGCCUCCGCCCGCGCCUUCCUGCACCAGUACGAGGCACACGGCAUGGAUGAAGGGCAGCUGCUGGCCAGCUUUGCAGCCAUUGAGGACACAAUUGCCUCCUACGAGGCAUUGUGA